AUGCUAACGACGGCGAAGAAACACAACGUAAGUUUUGCAGCCAUCAAACUCGACUCCAGUAUGAAAGAAGCCUUACCGAUCUGGUACCAUCUCGGAGCAUCCAAAAAGCUCCGCUCCCUGAACAACACGAGAGUCAGUGACUGCCUGCGAGACAAUCAUGACGUACGCUUGGUUGCGGAUCUCCUGCCGCUGGCCCGGCGCGAAUGUUACAACAUCGCAAGAGCCAUGUCGAAUGACUUUGUUCCGGAGGAAUGCGCCUGCGACCUCUGUAGGUCUGACUCCUCCCGUGGCUGCAAGAACCCAAUGAACUGCUGCAAGGCUGCUGCGUUUUUGUUAGCCCAAGUGCAACCCAAAUGGCAUCCCGGUCUGGAGUCCCCGAAGGAUGGAUUAACCCUGACGCGAAGGAGGAAGGAACAGAACAUAAAGGCCCUGGAUGAGGCCCAGGGUGACAUAACCUUCGACCCGUCCCUCACCAGUAGAGGACAUGUCACGGAAGCUUUCCGAGCUUUCGUUGACCCAAACGUUCACGACGAACCUCCGGCGAUCAGGGCUAGACGCGGUCGCAUUGUAGAGGACGAGGCAGUCACGGCUUACGUCGUCGGC